CCCUGUCCAUAAUUACCUACCAAGGUGCUAAAUCAGAUAGUACGUCCGUAUCGGGAACACAUAACACUCAGCACCUAGAGGCAGCAGUGGAAGGAAACCGAGAGUUUCACCAGGCAGCAAGACUUCUGGGAUUUAAUAAGGAGUUGUGAGCGUUGCGCAUCCAACAAGGCCAUACUGCUGCCAUAGUCUUUCAGAAUGCAGUCCGCCGACCCCGAGCACUUCUUCCAGACCGACGCCGAACAGGAGAAGAGACAGAGGCGGGCAGCCAAGGCCGCCAAUAGAUAUGGGAGCCCCAUAGUCUUGAAAUCCAAGAUUCUCGCUGCCGUGCCUGAUCCCAGAUCCCCUUCAUCUGCCCUCCUCGUGGCCGAAUCCGCAGGCGCAGUGCGUGUGGUCAACCUUGACAACCCCGACGACAUCAAGACGGCAUACCGCGGCCCAACCGCGCCGGUGUGCUGCGUCGCUGUCGGCGGCCCCAAGUCUGGGAUCCUCUUUGCCGGGUCCUGGGAUAAGACGAUCUGGUCCUGGGACCUGGCCUCGCGGGCUCUCGGGCGGAAGUAUGUCGGCCACACAGACUUCGUCAAGGCCGUCGUAUGCGCCAAGGCCGCGGGCAAGGACCUCCUGAUCAGCGGUGGCGCCGACAAGAAGAUUAUCGUCUGGGACAUCGCGUCAGGUGCCCGGCUGCACACCCUGCAGGACAGUGCGGUCAACAUGCUCAGCGUGCAGCACCUCGUGGUCGACCCGGCCAGCUCCAGCCCGGACGAGGUCAGUCUCGUCAGCGCCAGCAGCGACCCGCACAUCCGCCGGUGGAAGAUCCGGUUGGAUGGGUGGGAGCAGGUCGUCGAGACUCUUCCCAACGCGCCGGGCACCGACCGCCGGACCAUCCUGGAACACGAGACGACCGUUUACAAGCUCGUGCUGGACCAUGACAGUGACGAGGUCGACCUGUGGACUUCGAGCGGUGACGGCACGGCCAAGUGCCUGUCGAGGCUGAGAAGUUUCACCUGCGUAGACACCUUCCACCACGGGGACCACGUGCGUGCCGUCGCUAUUACGGACCAGUGGGUCAUCACGGCUGGGAGAGACGAGGAUAUCAAGUUUUGGGAUCGGGCUUCGGGCAAGCUCUACUGCUCCCUUGCGGGACACUACGACGAGGUCACCGAUCUGGUCAUCCUCGGGGGCCCGAGCGGGUCGAGCGAGCGGCUGUGCAGCGUCAGCAUUGACGGCACGGUUCGGACCUGGCCUUUGGCGAAGGCCGGGUUGGAUGCUGCUGUCACGGAGCAGGAGAAGCCUGCCGUGGAGGAAGGAAAAGGCGAGAUCGGCCACAACGACUUGCUAAGCGCGGAAGAGGAGGCCGAGCUCGCCGCACUCAUGGAGGAUGACGAAUAAGAAAUUCGAUGGGGGAUCUUUUCCCUAGCGAUCGUGAAAAUUAUCGCCCGAGAUCUGGGCCUCGCAAUCUCACCGUUACACACACGUGUUUUCCUGAGCGCCACUGAACAGUGUCUUAGUUUGAUUGUCAGGACUGGCGACCGGCUGCAGGGUCCCGUCCGGUUCUACGGGUCUGUGCAGCCAUGUCUCAAGAAAACAGCAGUCGGAUGGCGGCGUCGGUCGCCG